GUGGAGUAUCAGUGUGAGGGCUUCCUGGAGAAGAACAGAGACACCGUCUAUGAGGAGCAGAUCAACAUCCUGAAGGCCAGCCAGUUUCAGAUGGUCGCGGAUCUGUUCCAAGAGAAAGAUGACAUCCCCUCCAAACCAUCCAAGGUGAACAUUCGCUCUAUAAAAACGGUUCCUAAAGCCCCCAACAAGGAGCACAGGAAGACGGUGGGACACCAGUUCCGCUCGUCACUCCACCUCCUGAUGGAGACCCUGAAUGCCACGACGCCGCACUAUGUCCGCUGCAUCAAACCCAAUGACUACAAGGAGGCCUUCUCGUGA